UGCGCACCGGUUAGAAGCCAUCAUCUUACAUCUUAAGUAUUUUUUCAGAGUUUUAGAAGAAACGCGGAGAGAAAAAUGGCAUCUGAAGGCGUUGAAGUGAAAGUUUAUAUUUAUGACCUUUCCAGAGGAUUAGCUAGAUCCAUGUCACAAGCAUUUUUAGGCAAGCAGAUAGAUGGUGUCUGGCAUACAGGGAUCGUGGUGUUUGGCAAGGAGUACUUCUUUGGUGGAAUGGAAGGAAUAUCUCAGUGCCGACCUGGAGGCACAAUAAUGGGCCAGCCUGAUACAAUAAAGAGCCUGGGAAAGACUCAGAUCCCUUAUGACAUGUUUAUGGAGUAUCUCGCAGACCUCUCACAAUCCACGUUCAGGGGAGAAUGUUACCACUUAUUGAACCACAACUGUAACACGUUCAGCUCAGAGGUGGCCCAGUUCCUCACUGGUAACGACAUCCCCUCGCACAUCACUGGACUGCCUGCUGAGGUCCUCAACACACCAUUUGGCCAGAUGAUCAAGCCAUUCCUAGACUCUAUGUCUGUUCAGCCUUCUGGUGGCAGUGUUGUGUUUGACCAGCAGCCAGCACAAACCAGCAAACCACAACAUUCUAAAGCCGCACCCAGCAGAGAAACAUCCCAUUCACAAGCAAAAGCUGCUACAGGCACAAGUCAGUCACCAACAAGAAAGUCAGAUCCAGCUAAAAAUGUAAAAGGAGGGAAAUUUGAACCAGCUGUGUAUAGAGAGGGUAUCCCUGAGGAGAGUGUAUGGAGGAAGGGGGAGCCCACAGUGUCCCCUGGGGACCUCUCCCUGCUUCAGGAGAUCCAUGAGUACCUCGGGCAGCCUGGGGAGCCCAGCUGGUCCCUGGGGCGGCCACACCUCACAUGCCUCACAACGCUGGGUCUGGUCACGGGGUCCGGCCGGGCCUCACAUGCCCUUCAGCUCCUCACAGCCCUCAUCUUGAAUGAGGACAUGCUGCACCUUGCAGCCAGUGGCCCCAGUCCUGUGGUCCAUGAAGUCCUACACAAGUUUGACUCCCUCACAGGUCCUCGUAAAUUACAGGCACUUAAAUUUUUUACAAAUGUAAGUAGCCGACAGGAGGGUCACACAUGUUUACUGAGUGACAAGUGUCGAAAGAAACUGACAAUAGAAUGUGUGGACUGUAUGCUUAAGGACAAGACUGACCACCACGAUAUAGCCACCUCUGCAAUAGCCCUCACAUAUAACCUCACAUUAUCAAAGAUGGGAGAUGAUGAAGAGCUGGAGCUUGGCAGUGCUCUCCUGAAUGUUGACCACAGUGAUCUGACCGAGACUGCUUGUUACCACUUGUUAGCCGCCAUCUACCAGCUGAUGAGCAGAAAUGAGGAGGUCCGGGGGUUGGCUGGUGUGCUGGGGCUGGACCUUGCUGAAGCCCGGGGGAAGUCUAAGCGGCUUUCAGGUCUCUGUGACAGUAUACAGGGACUCCUAUCCAGCUAGGUGGCAUACCUAGGUCUGAUACGCUUGAUGUAGCUUGUUAGAUGUUCUGCCUUUGUGUGAAAACAACACAUCAAGUUUCCAGUUAACACAGGGACACAUACUACUGUAACUGCAUUUUAUAUUAGACACAGAUGUUGCAAUACUUAAAGAAUUUGAUGUUAUUUUAUAAUUUAUUUCCACAGUGUGUUUACAUGUUUCAUACAACAGACUAAGAUGCAAUUGGUGGGACAAUAAGGAAGGGGAGAAAGAAAUGAAAUCACAUGUUGCAAUUAAAUAGUCUUCAACUUACAAGAUUACCUUGACAUGAGGGAUUUUAUAACUGAAUAGAGAAAGGAAUAUUCAAGGUACUUUAAUUGGCUUAGGUUUGAUGAGGUGCCAAUUCAGCAUCAAUGAAACUGCCUCAUUAAUCAUUCAUGCCCCACCGUACUCUUUGAAGCGGAGUGUGACAGGGUAUCUGACAAUGACAUGGAACAUGAAGCUAAUGUGCCCAACAGCAAGGAAGUUGACUUAUCAACAAUAAUGGUAUUUAGUCCAUCCUCCUAUCCAGGAGUGACAUGACUUUGUGUACAUGUAUUUGGUUGGUGGUUGGUGUUAACUGUGUGGCAUCAUUCAUGGAUGAGAUCAAUGUUUGUGGUUCAGCUUCUUUGUAUCUAUUUAUUUUUUACCUUUUUAUUUUACUCCUCCAGUGAUAUAUUACUGACAAAUGAUUUUCUGUGAUAAUGAUGUAUCAUAAUUAUUAUCAUUAUGUAUUUUGUUAUCUUUAAAUUUUGUUUAUAUUUAAAUAAAAUUAUC